ACGGGAACAUCAGCAACAACUGGUACUGCAACAACAACAACAGCUGGGACCACAGCAACCACAAUUGUGCCCUCUACAACAACUGCUGCAAGUACACCUACAGUUGUAGUUUCUGAGCAAACGUCUGGUGUAACGACGGAGAUAUCUACUGCACCAUCAGCAACAUCAACGGCUGCACCCUCAGCAACAACGACCGCUGCACCAUCAGCGACAACAACUACUCCACCAGCAACAACGACUACAGCAACAGCAGCAACAACAACUCUUGCACCGUCAGCAACAACAUCUGUUGCACCAUCAGCAACGACGACUGCUGCACCAUCAGCAACAACAACUGUUGCACCAUCAGCAACAACGACUGCUCCAACAUCAGCAACAACAACUGUUGCACCAUCAGCAACAACGACUCUUGCACCAUCAGCAACAACAACUACUGCACCAGCAACGACAACUGCUGCACCAUCAGCAACAACUACUGCACCAUCAGUGAAAACAAGUGCUGCAACAGCAACAUCAGCAACAACAACUACUGCAUCACCAGCAACAACAACCGCUGCAUCAUCAGCAACAACAACUGCUGCACCAUCAGCAACAACAACUGCUGCACCAUCUGUGAAAACAAGUGUUACAACAGCAACAACAACUGCUGUACCAUCAGCCACAACAACUGCUGCAUCAACGGCAACAACGACUGCACCUCCAGCAACAACUGUUGCAUCAUCAGCAACAACAACUGCUCCACCAUCAGCAACAACAUCUGUUGCACCAUCAGCAACAACGACUGCUCCACCAUCAGCAACAACAACUGCUGCAACAUCAGCAACAACGACUGCUGCACCAUCAACGAGUACUGCUACAGAAACAACAUCUACAACAGCAAUAUCCCCUACGGGAACAUCAGCAACAACUGGUACUGCAACAACAACAACAGCUGGGACCACAGCAACCACAAUUGUGCCCUCUACAACAACUGCUGCAAGUACACCUACAGUUGUAGUUUCUGAAGAAACGUCUGGUGUAACGACAGAGAUAUCUACUGCACCAUCAGCAACAACGACUGCUGCAACAUCAGCAACAACAACUGCUGCACCAUCUGUGAAAACAAGUGUUACAACUGCAACAACAACUGCUGUACCAUCAGCCACAACAACUGCUGCAUCAACAGCAACAACGACUGCACCAUCAGCAACAACAACUGUUGCACCAUCAGCAACAUCAACUGCUGCACCAUCUAUGAAAACAAGUGUUACAACAGUAACAACGACCGCUGCACCAUCAGCGACAACAACUGUUGCACCAUCAGCAACAACAACUGCACCACCAGCAACAACAACUGCUGCACCAUCAGCAACAACGACUGCAGCAACAGUAACAACAACAACUGGCGCACCAUCAGCAACAACUGCUGCACCAUCAACAACAACGACUGCUGCACUAUCAGCAUCAACUACUGCACCAUCAGCAGCAACGACUGCACCAUCUGUGAAAACAAGUGCUGCAACAGUAACAACAACUGCUGCAACACCAGCAACAACAACUACUGCACCACCAGCAACAACAACUAUUGCACCAUCAGCAACAACGACUGCUCCACCAUCAGCGACAACAACUGUUGCACCACCAGCAACAACAACUGCACCACCAGCAACAACAACUGCUGCACCAUCAGCAACAACGACUGCAGCAACAGCAACAACAACAACUGCACCACCAGCAACAACAACUACUACACCAUCUGUGAAAACAAGUGCUGCAACAGCAACAACAACUACUGCAACAUCAGCAACAACAACUACUGCACCAUCAGCAACAACAACUGCUGCACCCUCAGCAACAGCGACUGCUCCACCAUCAGGAACAACAACUGUUGCACCAUCAGCAACAACUACUGCACCACCAGCAACAACAACUGUUGCAACAACAACGACUGCUGCAACAGAAACAACAUCUACAACAGCAAUAUCCCCUACGGGAACAUCAGCAACAACUGGUACUGCAACAACAACAACAGCUGGGACCACAGCAACCACAAUUGUGUCCUCUACAACAACUGUUGCAAGUACACCUACAGUUGUAGUUUCUGAGCAAACGUCUGGUGUAACGACGGAGAUAUCUACUGCACCAUCAACAACAACAACGACUGCUGCACCAUCAGCAACGACAGCUGCUUCAACACCACAGCCAUCGACUAUGGGACCAACAACUGCUUUCCUAACAGCUACAACAACUGCUGUACCUUCAGUUACAACAUCAAGUGUUUCUCCCUCUACUACAACAGGAACAACUACUACUCCAAGAACUGUCUCAACUUUGACCACAACCACCAAAUACCAGUCAACUACGACUAUCAUUUUUUGUUCCUUGAGAUGUCAUUGCAAUAAAACUUCAUGCGAUGAGAUUUGCAUUCGUACAAUGUGUGAAGAAGACUGUAUUUGCAUGCCUGGGUUUGUGAAGGAAGGAACACUCUGUGUUCACACUCCCAGCUAUUGUCAGUCCACUACAGUAACCAGCUGGUCAAAAUCAACCACAGCUUCGUUUACCACUUCAUUUGGAACAUCAGGACUAUCAACAACAACAACGCCUUUUACAACAAAUAUUGUUUCACUGUCUUCCAUUUCUCCAGAGACUUCGUUCAGAACAUCCAGUGUGUCUUUAACGACAGUUACACCAUUUUCAACAACUCCAGUCCCCCAUAAUUGUACAUUACCAAAGCAAUUUACUACAUGUGUUAUUUUACAAACAUGUGAGACAUUAGCCUAUAACAACUUUACUAAUACUGAUGAAAUUGAAUGUGAAGAAGGCUGUAUGUGUCCACCUCACCUUGUUCAAGAGAAAGGUGAAUGUAUCAAACCAACUGAUUGUCCUUGUUACCAUAAUGGAAAAUUUUACAAACCCAAUGAAAUUUUUGUAGUUGAAAGAAAGGACAACUGUGAUUUGAUUCAAGGUAUUUGCACAAGUGAUGGCAUUCAUACAUGGGUUAAUGAGCGCUGCAAUACAACAUGCUUAGAACCAUUCAUUUGGAAGAAAUGUGCAUGUAAUCGAACAUGUAUUUCUCAUAACCAUUCUUGUAAUGUUGAGACUUGUUCUCCUGGAUGUGCUUGUCCUGAAAAUACUUUAUUCCAAGAUGGGAAAUGUGUCUCAACAUGCAACUGCACAAUUGAUGGAAAACCAGUGACGGAUCCAGUUAAACCCACUCUCUGCACUUUAUGUAAAUGUCUAGAUGAUGUUCUUAAAUGUGGUGAAGUAUGUGAUAUCACAUGUACAGGGGACUAUGAAUUAGAGAACGAAAAUCUGAAUGAUGAUAUAUGUUGCCGAUGUAUACCACGUAAUAAAUGUGAAUACCCCAAAAGAUCAGGCAAUUUUUAUGAGAUUGGUGAAGUCUGGAAUGAUGGGCCAUGUAAAACAAUUGAAUGUCUUUCUGGACGUUCGUUGUCGAUGAAAGAAAUAACUUGUGAAACUCCUUCCUGUGACAAUUCCACAUGGGUAACAGAUCCGGCAAAAUGUUGUCCAUAUUGCCCAAAUACGACCACCACUGUUACAACUACGGCAGCAACUACUCCGAUAUCAACAUUCUUCACAUCGCCAUCUGUUUUCUCCACCGCCACUACUUCACCAGCGAUUUCUUCUAUGUCACCUCAUACCACUCCAGCUGUCAGUAGAACAACUGGUGUGAGCCCAACUAUGCAGACAACAACAUAUGCUCCUUGUGUGGUUAGAGAAGGUAUGAAUGAUAUAAAUAUCAUUCCUGAUUCCUUUAUAUCAUCAACUCCCCAAACACCAGACUAUCCCAUAACUAAUAUCAGACCAGAAUUGUCUGGUUGGAAGGUUCCAGUACCAAAAUCACCUUCUGAACCAAAACCAAGUGUUACCAUAAAACUGACAGAUAAACCUGAAGGAGUUGAACUGCUUGAAGUCGACAUGUGGGGUAGUGUUGGUAAGGUAACAAUUCUUGUGCAAACACCUGGCUCUGAUGAAUUCCAGAAGACAGUGGGAGGUACCAACAUUACUGGAUCCCUUGUAUUGAAUAAUUAUCCAAAGGCGACAGCUGUGAAGAUUAUUUUGGAAUCUCAAGGAAUUGUAGAAGGAAGUGUACCAGAUGACUAUUUUGUGUGGGUGCAGGUGAAGGCUUGCUUUAAUAUUUCCGAAGUUACAGGAACAGUUCAUCCCACAACAAGUCUUGCAACAAGAGCAAGUACAACAAGUAUUGUGUCAGUUCCAUCUGUUGAAACGCCUGUUGUUACAACCCUUCAUCCAGAAACAACUACAUCAACAAGCAUUUCUCCUGAAUCCACGACACAGACAACAACAGCACCUCCUUGUGUGGUUAGAGAAGGUAUGAAUGAUAUAAAUAUCAUUCCUGAUUCCUUUAUAUCAUCAACUCCUGACACACCAGACUAUCCCGUAACUAAUAUCAGACCAGAAUUGUCUGGUUGGAAGGUUCCAGUACCAAAAUCACCUUCUGAACCAAAACCAAGUGUCACUAUAAAAUUGACAGAUAAACCUGAAGGAGUUGAACUGCUUGAAGUCGACAUGUGGGGUAGUGUUGGUAAGGUAACAAUUCUUGUGCAAACACCUGGCUCUGAUGAAUUCCAGAAGACAGUGGGAGGUACCAACAUUACUGGAUCUCUUAUAUUGAAUAAUUAUCCAAAGGCAACAGCUGUGAAGAUUAUUUUGGAAUCUCAAGGAAUUGUAGAAGGAAGUGUACCAAAUGACUAUUUUGUGUGGGUGCAGGUGAAGGCUUGCUUUAAUAUUUCAGAAGUUACAGGAACAGUUAUUCCUGCUACUAGUCCUACAACAAGGGCAACUACAACACGUAUUGUGGCAACUCCAACUGUUAAGACACCUGUUGUUACAACUCCUCAUCUGGGAACAACUACAUCAACAAGUCUUGUCUCUGAAUCCACUACACAGACAACAACAACAGCACCUUGUAUGGUUAGAGAAGGUAUGAAUGAUAUAAAUAUCAUUCCUGAUUCCUUCAUAUCAUCAACUCCUGACACACCAGACAAUCCUGUCACUAAUAUCAGACCAGAAUUGUCUGGUUGGAAGGUUCCAGUACCAAAAUCACCUUCUGAACCUAAACCAAGUGUUACCAUAAAACUGACAGAUAAACCUGAAGGAGUUGAACUACUUGAGGUUGCUUUCAUGGGUUCUGUAGAAAAAGUAACAGUCCUUGUACAAAUUCCUGGUUCUGAUGAAUUCCAUAGGAUAAUUGGAGGUACUGCCAUUUCUACACCACUCAUACUGAGCACCUAUCCAAAGGCAACAGCUGUAAAGGUUAUUUUGGAAUCUCCACGUACGGUAGAAGGAAAUACACCAGAAAACUAUGUUGUCUGGUUGCAGGUGAAGGCUUGCUUUAAUAUUUCAGAAGUGACAUCAGCAAGUACAACAGCUAUAGUGACCACUCCAUCUGUUGAAACACCCACUGCUACAACUCAUCUUUUAGAAACAACUACAUCAACAAGUCUUGUCCCGAAAUCCACUACACAGACAACAACAACAGUACCUUGUGUGAUUAGAGAAGGUAUGAAUGAUAUAAAUAUCAUUCCUGAUUCCUUUAUAUCAUCAUCUCCUGACACACCAGACUAUCCCAUAACUAAUAUCAGACCAGACUUGCCUGGUUGGAGGGUUCCAGUACCAAAAUCACCUUCUGAACCAAAACCAAGUGUCACUAUAAAAUUAACAGAUAAACCUGAAGGAGUUGAACUGCUUGAAGUCGACAUGUGGGGUAGUGUUGGUAAGGUAACAGUUCUUGUGCAAAAACCUGGCUCUGAUGAAUUCCAGAAGACAGUGGGAGGUACCAACAUUACAGGACCCCUUAUAUUGAAUAAUUAUCCAAAGGCGACAGCUGUGAAGAUUAUUUUGGAAUCUCAAGGAAUUGUAGAAGGAAGUGUACCAGAUGACUAUUUUGUGUGGGUGCAGGUGAAGGCUUGCUUUAAUAUUUCAGAAGUUUCAACAUCAAGACCUUCUGUCCCAACAACCACAACCAUUGCACCAACAUCUGUUGGUAAGACAACAGAAACAAUGACUCCAACGACCACUGUAAUAUCAAGAACAACUGCAACAUCAACCACUUCAAGUGCAUCAAGACCUGCACCUUCUGGUGAAACAACAACAACAGCGGCUCCAACUGAAAGAAGCACUGCACCAUCAAUAGCAACACCCUCAACCACGACUGGUGCACCAACAAAAAUAACAUCAGCUUCUACAGCAAUAACAACUGCUUCACCAAUUACAACAGGUGCAUCAUCUGAAACAACCAGUAUUGCAAGUACAGCUGCACCCUCAGCAAAGACAACAGCUGCUACUAGAAGUUCUACUGCAAGACCUUCAACAACUGUUGCACCAUCAGCAAGUACAACUGCUGCACCACCUACAACAACAGCUGCACUUUCACCAGUGACUACAGCUGUGACAGCAACAACAGCCACUACUGUAACUACUCCUGCACCAUCAGUAACAACAGGUACACCAUCAACAACCACAACAGUCAUAACUGCAACUACAGCUGCACCAUCAAGAACCGCAACAGCUGCACCAUCUGGAACCACAACUGUUGCACCACCAUCAACCACAACACCUACACCAUCAGCAACUACAACAACUGCAUCUACAUCAGGAACCACAACUGCAGCACCAUCAACAACUACAACAGUUGCAACUACAGCAGGUUCUACAACAGCUGCACCAUCAGUGGCUACAACAGUUGCAACAUCAGGAACGACAACAGCUGCACCAUCUACAACUACAGCAGCUGCAACUACAACUGUGGUAUCAGGAACCACAACUGCUGCACAAUCACCAAUGACAUCAGCUGCAACUACAUCUGCACCAUCAGGAACUACAACACCUGCAACUACAGCUGCAACAUCAGGAACCACUACUGCUGCACCAUCAGCAACUACAACAGUUGCAACUACAGCAAGUUCUACAACAGCUGCAGCAUCAGGAACCACAACAGCUGCUCCAUCAGCAACUACAGCUGCAACACCAGGAACCACAACAGCUGCACCAUCUGUAACCACAACAGCUGCUCCACCAGCAACAGCUGCAACUACAACUGUGGUAUCAGGAACCACAACUGCUGCACAAUCACCAAUGACAUCAGCUGCAACUACAUCUGCACCAUCAGGAACUACAACACCUGCAACUACAGCUGCAACAUCAGGAACUACAACACCUACACCUUCAGCAACUACAACAACUGGAACCACAACUGCUGCACCACCAGGAACCACAUCACCUGCACCAUCAGCAACUCCAACAACUGCAACUACAACUGUAGUAUCUGGAACCACAACUGCCGCACCUCCAGGAACCACAACACCUGCACCAUCAGCAACUACAACAACUGGAACCACAACACCUGCACCAUCAGCAACUACAACAACUGCACCAUCAGCACCUACAACAACUGCAACUACAACUGUAGUAUCUGGAACCACAACUGCUGCACCUCCAGGAACCACAACACCUGCACCAUCAGCACCUACAACAACUGCAACUACAACUGUAGUAUCAGGAACCACAAAACCUGCAACUACAGCUGCAACAUCAGGAACCACAACAGCUGCUCCAUCAGCAACUACAGCUGCAACACCAGGAACCACAACAGCUGCACCAUCUGUAACCACAACAGCUGCUCCACCAUCAACUACAACAGCUGCAACUACAGUUUCACCAUCAGCAACUACAACACCUACACCAGCAGCAACUACAACAACAGCAACUACAACUGUAGUAUCUGGAACCACAACUGUUGCACAAUCAGCAAUGACAUCAGCUGCAACUACAUCUGCACCAUCAGGAACUACAACACCUGCAACUACAGCUGCAACAUCAGGAACAACUACUACUGCACCAUCAACUACCACAACAGCUGCACCACCAGGAACUACAACACCUACACCUUCAGCAACUACAACAACUGGAACCACAACAGCUGCACCAUCAGCAACUACAACAACUGCACCAUCAGCACCUACAACAACUACAACUACAACUGUAGUAUCUGGAACCACAACUGCAGCACCACCAGGAACUACAACAACUACACCAUCAGCAACUACAACAACUGGAACCACAACUGCUGCACCACCAGGAACCACAACACCUGCACCAUCAGCACCUACAACAACUGCAACUACAACUGUAGUAUCAGGAACCACAACUGCUGCACCACCAGGAACUACAACACCUACACCAUCAGCAACUACAACAACUGGAACCACAACUGCUGCACCGUCAGGAACCACAACACCUGCACCAUCAGCACCUACAACAACUACCACAACAGCUGCACCAUCAGGAACCACAACUGUAGUAUCAGGAACCACAACUGCUGCACCACCAGGAACUACAACACCUACACUUUCAGCAACUACAACAACUGCAACUACAACUGUAGCAUCAGGAUCCACAACUGCUGCACCUCCAGGAACCACAACACCUGCACCAUCAGCAACUACCACAACUUUAACUACAACUGUAAUAUCUGGAACUACAACUGCUGCACAAUCAGCAAUGACAUCAGCUGCAACAACAUCUGCACCAUCAGGAACUACAACACCUGCAACUACAGCUGCAACAUCAGGAACCACUACUGCUGCACCAUCAGCAACUACAGAAAGUUCUACAACAGCUGCAACAUCAGGAACCACAACAGCUGCUUCAUCAGCAACUACAGCUGCAACACCAGGAACCACAACAGCUGCACCAUCUGUAACCACAACUGCUGCUCCACCAGCAACUACAGUUGCACCAUCAGGAACCACAACACCUACACCUUCAGUAACUACAACAACUGCAACUACAACUGUAGCAUCGGGAACCACAACUGCUGCACAAUCAGCAAUGACAUCAGCUGCAACUACAUCUGCACCAUCAGGAACUACAACACCUGCAACUACAGCUGCAACAUCAGGAACCACAACUGCUGCACCAUCAACUACCACAAGAGCUGCACCAUCAGGAACCACAACUGUAACAACUGCUGCACAAUCAGCAAUGACAUCAGCUGCAACUACAUCUGCACCAUCAGGAACUACAACACCUGCAACUACAGCUGCAACAUCAGGAACCACUACUGCUGCAUCAUCAGCAACUACAACAGUUGCAACUACAGCAAGUUCUACAACAGCUGCAGCAUCAGGAACCACAACAGCUGCACCAUCAGCAACUACAACAGCUGCCCCACCAGCAACUACAGUUACACCAUCAGGAACCACAACAGCUGCACCAUCUGUAACCACAACAGCUGCUCCACCAGCAACUACAACAGCUGCAACUACAAUUGCACCAUCAGGAACCACAACAGUUGCACCAUCAGCAACCACAACACCUGCACCGUCAGCAACUACAACAACUGCAACUACAACAACUGUAACUACAACUGUAGUAUCAGGAACCACAACUGCUGCACAAUCAGCAAUGACAUCAGCUGCAACUACAUCUGCACCAUCAGGAACUACAACACCUGCAACUACAGCUGCAACAUCAGGAACCACAACACCUGCACCCUCAGCAACUACAACAACUGGAACCACAACUGCUGCACCACCAGGAACCACAUCACCUGCACCAUCAGCAACUCCAACAACUGCAACUACAGCAAGUUCUACAACAGCUGCAACAUCAGAAACCACUACUGCUGCAUCAUCAGCAACUACAACAGUUGCAACUACAGCAAGUUCUACAACAGCUGCAACAUCAGGAACCACAACAGCUGCACCAUCAGCAACUACAACAGCUGCCCCACCAGCAACUACAACAGCUGCAACUACAGCUAUACCAUCAGGAACCACAACAGUUGCACCAUCAGUAACUACAACAGUUGCAACAUCAGGAACUGCUACAGCUGCAACAUCAGGAACAACAACUGCUGCACCCUCAGUACCUACAACAGUUUCCACUACAGCAGGAACCACAACAGUUGCACCAUCAGCAACUACAACAGCUACAACAUCAGUAACUGCUACAGUUGCAACAUCAGGAGCCACAACAGCUGCACCAUCAGCUACCACAACAGCUGCACCAUCAGGAACCACAACUGCUGUACCAUCUUCAACUACAACAUCUGCAACUACAGCUGUACCAUCAGGAACCACAACUGUUGCACCACCAGGUACCACAACACCUACACCAUCAGGAACUACAUCACCUGCAACUACAGCUGCAACAUCAGGAACCACAACACCUGUACCAUCUUCAACUACGACAGCUGCAACUACAGCUCUACCAUCAGGUACCACAACAGCUGCACCUUCUGUAACUACAGGUGCACCAUCAGUAACUACAACAGCUGCACCACCAGCAACAACUACUGCUGCCACACCUUCAGCAACCACAACAGCUGUGCUUUCUGCAAGAACAUCUGCAGCAACUGCUUUAACCUCAGCUACAACUCUUGUACCAUCAGCAACAACAACAACAUUAGUGAGCAGUACUUCUUCUACAACAACUGUUACUCCUCUGGUUUCAACUGUGUCAUCAUUGUCAGCAACAGCCACUCCAACAACACCAAAAAGUACGACAACUGCCGUUCCCCCAGCAACAUCAACAGCUGCACCAUCCACAGCCUCACCUCCAGCAACCAUGACAACAAGUGGACCAUCAUCAACAACGUCUAGUGCAACUCGGGUUACUUCGUCUCCUCCAACUGUUAAGACACCACAGCCAACAGCAUCAGUAACGGUUGGAACAGUGUCGUCAACAAGUGAAAAGAAAUCAACUACAGGCCCAACAACCUUAUCAGGAAGCACAACAAUCGCAGCUAAGACAACAAGUAAACCCACAACAGUUUCUGGUACAUCUCACAUUUCAACAUCAGCUUCAACAACUCAAAGUGUGACCGAACCUAGUACAAUUACAUCCAGUCCCUCUGUUUCUCUGAAAACAUCACCUGAGACAUCACCUGAGACAUCACCUGAGACAUCACCUGAGACAUCACCUGAGACAUCCCCUGGAACAACUACUAGUCAAACAUCGACAGCACUAUCAUCCACAGAAACAUCAGUAGCUAGCAAUGCUACAAAAGUUACAACAACAACCACACCUAGCUCCACUGGAAGUACUGUUGUACCUUCAACAGAAGCUCCAAAAGACCAGUGCCAGCCAUUUGCUGUAAAUAUCACACUAAAAGUCAUGGGUUGUGAAGCUAUCCAUCCAGUUAAGGUUAUGGAGUGUCGUGGAUCUUGCAAUUCUUAUGCUCGCACCAGGGAAGAUGGUAACAUACAGAGUGUAUGUCGCUGCUGUGCUCCUGCUGAAGUUAGACAAGACUCUGUGAUGGUGAAGUGUGCAAAUGGUAAAACUCACCGACAUAGCUUCAGUCGCAUUGUUUCCUGUGCUUGCAAUGUUUGCACCGGAAGCGAACCUAUGUAGAGGUCAACAACAACGCAACUGUGCUAACGUGAACACAAUAUUGUCAGAAGAAUCUAUAUUUUUAACGGAAAAAUUAUAUUUGUAACAUUUUGAUUUAAGUAAAUAAUUAAUAAAUAUUUGCAUUCCCUUCA